GAAAAUUGAAGCUAAUUGAAUAUUCAAGAAGUCAAAAUAGCAUUUUUGCACAUUUUUUCUGUCGAGCGGAGAUGCCGCUUUGCUCUCAAGCCGCACCUUGAAGACGCACGAAAUACACCUUCCACUUAGAGAUUUCUCGACGAUGUCGCGAAGGAAGCAGUCGAAACCUCAACACGUGGAUUUCACCAACGACAACAAAUCAAACUCCACUCUUGUAACAAGCGUAGCAACACUCCCAGGGCACGCGAAUUGCGUAAAAGAGGUUUUACGACCAGAACAAUACGUUGAACACAGUGUGCGAAACGAGAAAGGACUGCUCGGUAGCUCCGUCGAUACGUUGCACAGCGGAAUAACGACACAACCCACUACGUUGAACGAAGUGUCCGAUCAAGAUAUUACUAACUUUGACUGCAAAGCCAACGAUACAGACAAAAUCGUAGAAUCCGUUUCUGUGAUAGAACCUAUCAGUGAUCACAUGGCGUCCAUUCCGGUCACGGGUAUCGAAGACCGGAGUUGCGAUGUGGGUCUGGCGGAGUUGACGCCAAUUCGAAGAGGCCAAUCUGCUAUUUCUCAUCGAGCGAUGCUACACGCUGGUUACACCGAAGCGAACGAACAGAAUAAAACUGAAGAAAAAUCGACCAUGAAGUUUAACAGAUUUGGCAGUGAAUCCCAAAAUGACACAGACGAGAAAGAAUUGAAACAGAGAGACGAAAACCAAGUUACGAGCCCAAAAAAUACAGUGUCACCGGAACAGCCUCUGCAAUACACAGGCCAAGAGGUGCCUCUACGAGAGAACACAGGGGAAAUGUACCCCUGCAGGAGAUGUGAUAGGACUUUUGAUACAUUGGGAGAUUUCGUGCAACACAAUAAAUAUGAUUGCCCGAAUAUAAGGACAAAUUCGGAAACUGAAGAUAAAAUGGUGGAAGAAGAACAUUUUCCCGAAGGUGAAUACAUCAACGGAAAUAAUUCGCAUUCGAAUAUCAACAAUUUCGUCAUAAGUGGUGACGUCAUAAUGGCAAACGGCGAAGAUCUCGUUUCAGAUGUUGAAACUGAAAGACGAGAAACUGAUGGUGACAUUGAUGACGCAAUCUCUUCUAAAGAUGGUGUGCAAGAUGAUGACAUCAGUCCGGACGGAACUGCAGGCGUAAUGCUGGAGUCUCUAAGCGGUACACGCGUGGCUGUGGCUCAGACCGUCGCCGAAACCGAAUCUAUCGAUGGAAUACAGCGUGAUACUAGCAUUGCUAAAAUGGAUGAACCUGAGGUCUGUACUGAAUUGGAUAACCGCAGCGUCACACCAGUCGAACGUCAGAAUAUGAAUGAACGUUCGCCUUCGCUACGAGAUAACACAGAGAGCAAUGAAUAUUCGCCUCUCUCCAAGCAAGGUGAAGUUGAUGAAUCAGAAAAUUUACGGAAAGAAAUCAUGGCAACAGAAGUUAUGGCUCAAGCUAUUCAAAACAUGACGGCUUUUGCCACGCAAGCAAAUGGUGAGCGGAGUGAAGAAAAUUCGGGUAAACCAGAUAUCAGCGCAAUUAAAUAUCAAGUUCGAAUGAUUCAACAACAACAAGCUUAUCAAGUUCAAAUGUUGAAUUUUUUGCAAUGGCAGUUGGCACUGGCUUCCUCUAAUCCUCAAGGAGCAGUAACAGCAGCCAAUCUCCGAAAUGGACCCUUGUUAAAUGGACAAGGUGGUAUAAAUCCAGCGAUACAGACUCAAUUGUUAUCCGCGCAAAGUGGAUUCGGAAACGCCGGUCUAAUGCCACAAAUGAUGGCCAUGGCAAUGAACAAUUUCCAACAACAGCAAAACGUAACGGCAGAUCAGAAUGGAUUGGCAGAAUUGGCGAAAGCAAGAUUCAUGAUGAUGCAAGGAAUGUCAAAUGCCGAAAAUGACCCGAAGAUGCGAAGUAUGUUCGCUAGAUCUGCUGUUGCGCACGAAGCUGUAGAACGAGAACCAGAACAGCGAUAUCACUUGAAAGAACCGACUGGAGAAGAUGAAAUAUUGCAACGAAGACCAUCAGAAGAAGCAAAUAAUGACCAGAAUAACGUACACGAUAGAGCAGAGUCGCCAAACAAAGCUAGCCGAUCUAAAUCAGAUUCCGGUUAUGACGAUGAAGUUAGAUCGAGUUCUCAAGGAAACGUAGCUGAUGACGCUUCAUCAUCUCACGAAUCACAGGAAGACGGGGAGUUAAGAGAUGGAAUUCUAAAAGCAACUGCAGAGGAAAACAGGCACAGAUGUCGAUUUUGCCAUAAAAUCUUCGGCAGUGACAGCGCGUUGCAGAUCCACAUUCGAUCACAUACCGGCGAAAGACCAUACAAAUGCAACAUAUGUGGAAAUCGUUUUACAACCAAAGGAAAUCUCAAAGUUCACUUCACUCGACACAAGUCCAAGUAUCCACACAUUCCAAUGAACAAUCAGCCUGUACCUGAAUACCUGGACCAUGUACCAACUUCAAACGGAGUACCAUAUGGUAUGUCCAUUUUACCAGAGAAAGCCGUUUUAGAGAGACCUCGUCUUCAUGGAAACCCAAGCAUACAUCUUAAUCCUCAGCAAGCUGUAGCUUUCGGUCAACGAGAAAUGCACUCUCAUGGCCUUCAAGGUCUGAUGAUGCCUACUCACCUGGGCGCCAAGUCUGGAAGCGAUUCUCUUCACCGGCAAGAUUAUCCUGAAAUGGGAAUGCCUAAUGGAAUGGGGCCCGCAGAAGUAGCAUCAGCUAUUCAAAUGCAACUACUUCAACGCAGAAGAGCUGAAUAUUUAGAAUCGCAAUGGGCCAGAAGUGAACAGAAUACUUCACCCCAGCCCAAUGACGCAACGGACCCAAAAAAUUCAAUGUCAAUCUUGCAAGCUGCUAUGCUGCCAUUUCUACCUGGCAUUGCUGCUCGACAACAAAUGGAGAACAUUCCACCUCAUUUACGUUAUCUACAUCACCUUCAUGCGCUAAAAGCACGAACCGCAUCAAAUGGCAUGGGAGAUAACAACAAUAAUACUGAUAUACUGCUCCCAACUUUAUCUCGUACAGGUAGUCCACCACCAACACUAAAAAUGGAUGAAAAACACCUGAACUCGCACGGAGCAGGUUUUCCCGAAAUCAACAAAAUGGCUGCCGGAAUCGGCCAUGUCCCAUCGCAAACUGGUCCGACGCAGUCCUCCGAAACAAGCAAACUGCAAAGGCUCGUAGAAAAUAUUGACAGAGGCAGAGUUCUGCAAAAGAAUGAGUGCCAUAUGUGCCACAGAAUACUCAGCUGCCAGAGUGCUUUGAAACUUCAUUACAGAACCCACACAGGAGAACGACCAUACAAAUGCGACCUGUGUUCCCGUGCUUUUACGACUCGUGGAAAUCUCCGUACACAUUACAGCAGUGUCCACAGACAGCAAAUGCGUCCUUUGCCUCCGGGUGGUCACUCUGGACGAUCCGUUCAAUCGGAACCGUUUGCUUGCAGUUUGUGUCCGGCGCGAUUUCGAGAAGCCGUUGAAUACCAACACCAUAUGCAAAUGCACGCAAUGGUUCAGGUUCAACAACAACAUCGCAUGCAAGCACCGGAGCUUGGCAAACACCACAGCGUGUCCCCCUCGAGAACAGAGGAUUCCAAUGGAUCGAUUGACUUGAAAACGGCUCAUGGAGAUUGUAGUGACACGAUAGUGAAAGAAGAACCAACUGGAGAACAAGACGACCAACUAGAUGAUAGAAUGAUAUCCAACAACAGUGUCACUGAGGUUCAAAAUGACAGUUUGAAGAGUUUUGUUGACAGAGAUGGGAACGAUAAAUCUGAAACUUCUGAAUAUACGAAAGAUAGCGACGUACAAAUAGAUGACUCGACAUGCAUGAACGGUGUUGUCAAAAACGGGACACAAAUGUCACCGAAAUCUGAUCCAAGCAUCGGAGAAGCUUCCGGAGAUUCUAACGACUCCGUUGAUCGAUUUACUCUACCUGCUACCAAUCCAUUGGACUCACUUGCUGCUCUAUCAAACUUGAGUGCUGGGACUGAUACAACACAACAUACUGGAUCAAUGCUUGACCAUCAGUUGGCAGCCCUACGCCGUGCUCGUGAUGGGCGCUUGACUGUUUGUGAAAUAUGCGAAAAGCCAUUUUCUUGUCAAAGUGCUCUAGAGAUUCACCUUCGUACACAUACAAAGGAAAGACCAUUCAUGUGUCAGAUUUGUCAAAGAUCAUUCACUACAAAAGGAAAUCUCAAGCAGCAUCUUCUAACUCAUAAUAUAACUGAUAUUCCGGAUCAAAUGCUGGCACCGGCAUUAAGCCCCAACGGAGAAAAUAGCGCUUCCACGACACCGUCGUCUUCCCCCACACCCAAUGAAUCAGAUUGCUCAGCUUACAGCCUCAAGAGACCCAUGGAAUCGACUGGUAACGGUGAACCCGCAACCAAGCGUACUUAUCCUCGUCAUUGGUGUCACAUUUGCCAAAAGCAAUUUUCAUCUGCUAGCUCACUUCAGAUACACAACCGAACUCACACUGGGGAAAAACCAUUUGCGUGUAGCGUGUGUGGACGGGCAUUUACGACAAAGGGAAACUUGAAGGUGCAUAUGGGAACUCACGUCUGGGGCGCCGGAGGCUCGCGCAGGGGAAGACGCAUUUCUAUGGACAAUCCCUUAAUCUCACCAUGGAUGAAAAAUAUGACGAGACCUCGCCCAGCACCACAACCCGGUAUGGUUAUGCCCACUACAGGCCACGUAACGGAUCCGGCAGCACUCUACCAGCAAUACGCAGCCAUCGCAAGUGGCCUGUUUGCAAAACAGGACCCAUCGGCCAGGUUUAUGCUCCCGAUCAUCAACGGACAACAAGGAAAUUCGGCUUCUAAUUCUGCAUCAUCACCAGUGUCUUCCAGUGGUUCACCUCUUCCACCAAAUGAAGUCAGCCCACAGCAAAAUAGAGUAAACGGUACAAAUAUACCUAACACGGCAGUGUCUGCGGCUACUGAGUGGUUUUUAAAAGCUUAUCAGCGCACUCAGGAACAGGUCAACUAAAAAUUCUUCGUUCAACUCGGGAGAUUUUAGAAGCACACUUUUGAGAAGGGAUUUAUUUAAAAUAAAAGAGUCAACCCUUUCUUCUUUCUUGAUGUUUUUGUCGGAUGGUGCUAUUGUGUUUUUGAAUUCAUAUUUCUUUUUGCUAGCUAUUUUUUUCUGUAUCAACAUAGAAAUGUUCAAAAUUUGUCAUUACUGCUUUUCCGUUGACAUACAGCAAUUCGGCAUUGUGACAUAUCCUUUUCAUAACGCGAAUUUUAAGGGUUAUCUUUUCCAUAUCGCAUGUGAAGCUUUAUCAGUGCUGCUUUCUACACUCUAGCUGCUAUUAUUUUCUUAGUGUUUCUUUUUCGUGUGCUGUUAUAUAAAGAAAUUCAUUUUCAAUUUACAUUCUAAGGGGUUUAUUUAUCCUCGAAUAUAUUUGUUUUCGUAGGCCACUUGUUGGUCUAUUUCAGUGUACACUAUCGAAAAUGUAAAUAUUUCUUUUUUUGUUAAUAUGUAGUUAUUACACAAUGUCAUUAUCAUUGCUUAGAGUAUUUAUGUCAUUGCUGGUUACCUAUCAUGACUACUACCACAACUAACACUGUUAUAUAUUACGAUAGUAAUAUGACUAUCUGUGCGAUGCAAAAUGUACUUCACGGAAAUAUGAAUUUUUUCUAAGUUUGUUUUUCAUUUUGCGAUCGCUCCUUUGUCCAUUGAAUCAAAUUAGCUAUGGCCAUACCGCAUAUCCUGCAUUCUAACAUUUAGGUCUCAUUUUCAUCAAUAUUAUUGUUGUGCAAAAUCUGUUAUUAAUUAAAGUCGGAAACAAAAGCCCAUGUCUUUUAAUAACAAAAUGAUGUCAAAUCGUACUUUUCUCGUAGAAUUGAACUCCAUGAACUAACGUUGAAUUUGAUGAAACAUUUGUGCGCUGCACUUCCAUUGUCACAAAACAUGAACAAUAUUUCGUAUUUCUUUUCUGAAAAUUUUGUAUUGUAUUAUUCUCCAUUCUAUUUAUUUUCCAUUGCAAAUCCCUAGUUAAUGCUUUAUUCCUACAUCCGUAUUCAUUGCUGAUGUUUGUCACCCUUUCAUCAUUCACGGGCAACGUCAGUUUUUGCGACAAAUUCAUCGAAAUGAUAAAUCUUUUCAAAUUCAAUAUCUCAUUUAUAGUAAUAAAAUGGGAUUUUCAAAUG